AUGCUGCCCCCGUCUGAAAGCAUUCUUCAUCGUCUGCAGAAGUUAGCAACGGCAGCGCGACAAAGCCCACAGAGCCAGAAAAACUCGACGCCUCCGCCUCCAUACUCUCCGACAACACCAGAAAGUCUUCCUCGCCAGGAACCCGCGAGCAAGGCCGAAAGCAAGGACACCAUCCAAUGGGAGACCUGCCGACCUGUGAAUAUCUACAUGGAUGCAUCCAUUGCCGUCUUCGGAAAUGGGAACAGUGUUCUCAUAUCAUCCAUGAAAGGACCCGCCGCUCGCAGCCCUAACCCAACGGCGCCACCACCCCUAACUCCAGCCUCCGUUCCCUCGUCAUCGACAGCUGUACUGGAAUCCUCACAGCGACAGCAUCAGACGAAGCUGACUGAGAUGGCCACGUCUAUUAUCUCAGUGCUUCACCGCACAGGAAUCUUGAAUCUCACCGACAACGAUGAUCGAUCAUCAUCUCUAACACUCAACAUCAACACCGGGAUCAAGGUAGUGGGAAGUGGAAAUGUCAUCUGUAUUGGAGCUGUGGAUAGUGUGAUGCGCCGAAAGAUGAAUAUUAGUAAUAAUAAUGGAGGGCAGGAACCUGUUGGCAUGGAGAACAGAAAAAGGCGUGCCCAGUCGGAGCCACUCGAAGUGCCACCUACGAAAAGGGGACGUCAGUCUGUCUAUGGAAAAUGA